GGGCGUAACCGGUUGUCCUCUUCCCUUCUCCGUGGCAUUCACUUUCUUCACAGUCUCAGCUGAACUGCGGAGGAGGCUGCAAGUGGUCGCGUGGGUUCUCUGUCUCCUUCCCCCGACAGUAACAUACCAAAAAUAAGAGAUGGCAGUAAUGGAAAUAGCUUGCCAGGACCAUACAGAGCCAGCUACUGGAUCUCCAAAGGAUUUCCUAAUGGGCAAAGGGCCAGAAGAAGUAGUGAGUGAAAAGAAAAGCAAUGUUUGCAAAGUAGAGGAGCCAGAUAAAAAGAUGUUUCAUGGAUCAUGGAAGAUCCUUAAUGAUGUGAUUGCUAAAGGAACUGCCAAGGAAGAUAGCGGAGAAGGGAGCUUAGCCUCAAUCUCCAUCAUUGCCCAGGCAGAAUGUGAGAUAAGCCAGGAGUUCAGUCCCACCUAUUCAGAGAGGCCUUUUAUUGCUCACACAAAACAAUACAGCCGGUCUAGCAGCCUUGAUCAAAUCCCCAAUAAUGUGGCUCAUGCAACUGAAGGAAAAAUGGCUCCAGGUUCCUGGAAGGCCUUACAUCGUGGCAAAUCCCGGAAGAAACAGCAAAAGAGAAAGUCCUCCCUUAAAACAUCAAAAAGAACAUCCUCCCUAAUUCGAAAGCCAAGGACUCCAGAGCAGGAGAGCUGUGUACCUAUACCUGUGCAGGAAGAUGACUCUCAUUUGGGCACCCUCUUCAAUAUCACUUCAUGGCAUUCAGAACUAUAUAAGGAUUUUGGUUCUGAUUUCAGUUCCUUUGAGAAACCAAACCAAGUUUUAUCUACUAGCAAGUUGCACAUGAUAAAGAACCAAGCGAAGCUAGAGUUACACAAGUUGAUCAGCCCUGCUCAGUGCUUGAGUCAUGUUUGGAAAUCCUAUACACAAGAUAAUUUGGGCUCUCAAUUGGAGACUGUGUAUCCCUCUCCUUCAAACAAAUUUCCUCCUUAUUUGUAUGGCUGUAGCUAUUUGCUUCCUGCUUUGAAACAUGGCCCUCUGAAGACUUACCUUUUUGAUGAUCUUUCAAAUGUGGAGAAUAAAUGUUAUCUUUCAGACUUGAAUCUGGCACAUAGCUUUUCCAAAUGUCAUCAGUCUGCAAAAAACACUUCAGAUAAUCUUUCUAUGGAUGAAUUUCUAGUAGAUGCAUUGAAGGGCAAUGUUAUUCUUGGAGAACCAAGAAACCUAGCUUGUUUGGCCAAGACUUGGAAAGAUGGAUCAAGUUCAAAAGUGUGCCUACAGGAAAUUAAUGAAAACGAAGGAGUGUUGCUUACAGAGAAACUCAAGGCAGUCGAUUAUGAGUACCGUGAAGAGGUUCACUGGACCAAAUCUCAAAGUUUGCUUGGCACAGGCACUUUUGGAGAAGUGUACAAAAUGGAGGACAAGCAGACUGGCUUUCAGUGCGCAGCCAAAAAGGUACAAAUUGAACACUUUCGUGCAGAAGAGUUGUCAACAUGUGCUGAAGUGACACAUGCCAAAGUCCUCCCACUAUAUGGAGCAGUGAAAGAAGGCCAGUGGGUUACUAUCUUCAUGAAACUGAUGGAAGGUGGGUCAUUGGGCCAGCUAGUUAAGCAGUGUGGAUACCUACCUGAGGACAGAGCUCUUGAUUAUCUCAGCCAAAUCCUGGAGGCCUUGGAACACCUUCAUGCCCACAAUGUUCUCCAUGGAGAUGUAAAAGCUGACAAUGUCCUUUUAUCUGGUGACAGAAGCCAUGCUGUUCUCUGUGAUUUUGGUCAUGCAGCUCAACUUCAACCAGAUGGCAUAAGGAAAUAUUUAAUGACAGGAGAUUAUGUCCCAGGCACUGAGACGCACUUGGCUCCUGAAAUCGUAAUGGGGAAGCACUGUGAUUUCAAGAUAGAUAUCUGGAGCAGUUGCUGUAUGUUGCUGCAUCUACUGAAUGGGUAUCAUCCUUGGAUCAAGUAUUAUAAUCAUCCUCUGUGCCUCAAAAUAGCCAAAGAACCACCCCCUCUAAGAGAAAUCCCCCCCUCCUGUCACCCAUACACUGUUCAGGUCAUUACCUCUGGCCUUGAGAAAGACCCUAUAAAACGGGCUUCUGCAGCACAGCUAAGGGAGAAAACCUGCACAGCACUUAAGCAAGUGGGAGGAGUGAAGAGUUCCUGGAACAGUGAAUACAGAGAACCCAGAUGCCUGCAGUUGACACAAAAAGCUAUUCUCCCAGAACUACUGUUAUCCAUACCUGAACUCCCGGAUAGCCAAAAAGUGUUGUCUAGAAGCCCUAGACUUUUGCUCCCAUGUCAGGAUCUGACUGAGAGAAAGCAGUUAAUUCACCCAGACAUGUGCAAGGAAUUAUUGCCACCAUGUGACUCCUUUCUACCCUCCUUCCUGGCUCCAAUCAGUACUAAGAAAUACAACAUGACAGAAUGGGGGACUCCCAGCAUUGACCACGACCUUCAGCAGCUGGAGUUUGAUCUGAUUUUGAAUAGCCUCUCUCAACCCUUUUCACUGGAAGAACAGGAACAAAUGUUGUCGUGCUUCAGCUUGGACAGCUUCCUCCCAUCAGAUGCUAGUGAAAAGGGCUCAUUGAAAAUGUCCCACAGUCUGAAAGAUACCAUGAGUUCAGGUGUACAUUCCUGGAACAGCCAAGCAGAUGGGCAGAGCACCAGUUGGAACAGCUGGCUGAAUCGUAGCGGAAAUACAGAUAUGCCCACUUAUGUUAAUGGGGUGAAAAUUGAGAUCUGCUUGCUUAGUGGGGAAAGCCUCCACAUCAGAGAAUUCCGUGGAACUAAGGUGGGAGAUAUUGCCACUGGAAUUAGCAGCCAGAUACCAGCCUCUGCAUUCAGCUUCUUCACAAAAGAAGGUGAUCCUGUCCAUUGUGAUAUGGAGGUCCCUGAUUCAGGCAUUGAACUUCAGUGCAUUUUGGCUCCUGAUUGCAGUUCUGGCUGGAAGUGGAGGGUCAAACAUGGUCAGUUAGAGAAGCAGCUGUAAAGCCUUUUUCCUCCUCACAUCUUAUAUUCAACAAAUGUGACUUUGCAGAAAAAUCAAUGCAGAAAGUUGUUGGCUGGCUGCUAAAGCAAAUUAUAGGUUCCUUAUUUGCUUGUUUGCCACAUCCAGUGCCUAUGGAAGGUGUUAUGGGAUGAACAUCUAUGUAGAGUUGAAUGGUUAGGCUGCAUUUAACAAAAUCAAACUCAGAAGCUUGGAGGAACAUAAGUUGCUGUGAUUCCUUAAUCCCACUAUCAAGGACUAUCCUAAUUAAGUGAUUUUUUUGGUCAUCUUUUAACAUGCUUUUUUACAAUCUGAGCUUUUGAAUUCCUUGGAGGAAUGUAUGACCUCCAAAUAUAAUAGCCAGUGUAUAAUGAGUGCAUAACCAAUAUAUCUCUGCAGAAGCAAUAAUUUUAUCACUCACAUAGAAACUAUAUAUUAAUUCAUUUUCUUCUUGUACAAUUUACACCAGGCAUGUCCAACUUGCAGCCCUAUAAUUAAUGUAUCUAAGAUAUAUAUAUUACUUAGGUAGAUACAUUAAUUAUAUUAUAUAUUUUGUAUGCAGUUCAAGACAAUUAUUUUCCAUUCAAUGUGGCCCAGGAAGCAAAAAGAUUGGACACAUCUGUUUUACAGAGCUGAAUUACAUGUUUAUCAGAGAGUUUUUAACUACCAGUCUGAAUACAGAUAGUUUUUUAAGAUUAAACAAAUAAUAUUUUUCAAGAGGGCAUUAAUUUUUUAAUAUUUUUAUACUCAUAAAUGAGAGAGAAUUACAUCAAUCUAUUACUGUUUAUAAGAAAUAAGUCUUUGAAUGCACCAAGGCUUACUACAGUCUAAAUGCUCAUAGAGAUUAGAUUCCAUCUAUGCAAUGAUAGUUUGAAGCAAAAAUCUAAACUUGAGAUAGAUUAGGCAAGUCCUUGUAGUGUUAUUAGUCUUGUUUUUAGUUGACCAGAUUGAUUUUAUUACUCUGUGGUAGGUUUUAUGGGAAGAACUCUGGUCGCAUAAAUGAAUAUUGUUGGACUAGGGGUGUAAAAAGAAUAAGUGCAAAGAUACCUCAUUCACAAAACCUCAUCUGGCAUGUUCUGAAUUACAUCUGGAGUGUGUUCACCCAUAAUUGUUUUUGGUUGAACUUUGAAAUUAUAUAGAAAAGAUAAAUCCAAUUCAUAAAUAAAAAUGGGGUGGAGAGGAUUUAAAAACGUGCCUGAUUUUUAUCCCUCUCUCUCAAAGAAAAUAACAUUUGGGUUUGAGAGCAGUAGACCAGCCUGAUUUUCAGUGCCUAAAUUCCAACUAAAUUGUCAAGAUUUUUAUACUUCUUUUCCCAAACAUCCAUACUUCUUCACCAGGGCAAAUUCUGGAGGGCAGCAUCUUUUCAAUCCAUCUUUUCAAAUGUAAUUCCUAGGCAGCUAGAGUUAAUGUGUAAAUUACAAAAAUUUGGCCAUAUAGCAACUGUAAACUCUGUAAUCUUUCUCCUUCUAAAUGUCUCAUUUCACAUCAGAGUUAAACAACAUCUUCAUUUCUAACUUGACUUUACUGUUGGAUAAUAAAAUUUGUUGCUACUUUCACUGGCUUCUAAAUUUACUGUAAUUCUAAACAAGUAGAUUAUUUUCUAGAAGCUUAAAAUUGUGCCUUAAUAAUAAUUUAUUCCUUGAUUGGCAAGAGUCUGUAGUCUGGUCUAUUAAAAGCUGUAUUGUAUUGCAUUUGAAAUCUUGCUUGAAUAUCCUGCUAAUUUGAUCAUUGUUGUGCUCUAAGCAGCAGUAUCUUCCUAGUUGGUACAACAGAAAGCUGAAAUAGACCAGUAAGUGUUUAUGAUUGUGUGUGAUUUCAGUUGUCUGAAGUUCAUAUAAUUGUUGUUUAUUUAAUUCUUUAAAUGCUAUUCAGAAUUGGAAUCAUUGCUCUUGCAAUUCAAUAAUCUAAUGAUCUUAUGGAGUUUGUGGUUCAAAAAAUUGCCACAAUAAUCAGGAGAGGCUAUAUUAAAAUAUCUCCUCAGGACCACAGUGGCUGGAUGAAAAGGGGAAGGAAGCAGCCUCUAAUUUUGCCAUUGAAAAUUUAAUUUGUAAGUACUGUGGUUUGGGACUACAGUCUAUAGAAUCGUUUCGUACUGUAUUCUCUCAAUAGCUGGUAAGCUUUCAUGUGAAAGAAAGAUAGAUAAGUAAAUUCUAUUUUUAGCUGUCACUCAAUUUCAAGUUGGAACUGAAAGAACUAUUUUUUAAAAAAUUAUGGAGAAGAAACUGGCUGUAGAGCCGAUCACAGCUGUCAGCGUAGUUCCUAACUGGAGAUAACCUUUUUUUAAAAAAAAAGUACAAAUUGCCCUCUGUAGAUUAUACAGCUUUCUCAGUCAGUGUCUUGUGGAAAUCUUGACUAUUUCAAGCAACUUUUCUUAAUUAGCAGCAAUGGAUGAUUUAUGAUCCAAUCCAAAGGAAAAAACAUAGCAAUAUGAAGUAUCUAUAUGCAUCAGGGGAGUAACCAUUUUUCACAUUUUGAAAAAUCUGAAAGUUUAUCUUGAUAUCUUAAGUACCUGUGAUUGUAAUCCAGGGGUCUUUGCCUCCCCAGUUAAUCUACUUGCAGCAUAUUGCUUCCUGCAAAGGAAGUAGCAGACCCUAAACCAAGAAAUAGGGAUCUAGAUUAAUAUACAGAAAAGCACAAUAUUUUUUUCAUCUUCAUCAUCAUGCAUGCUUUCUCCAUUUGUUUUGUUUUUUGGUAUAAAGUAAGUUAUUUGUCAGAUUUGCAGUUGUGGUGAGGUAGUGAUAGUGAGCACAUACCAGCUGAGCUCAUAGAUCAUGGAUCUGUACAUGUAUGUUGUUUUGUAGUGUGAUACAUAUAAAUUAACUCUCUGUAGCAUCAAGUCAAGCCACAAUGGCAUAUUGAGCAAAUGAUGACAACAAUUUGUUCAUAGUACUUAAGAGCAUUAUAUGAAUCGAGCCAUUUUUUAAAAACUCUGCUUGAGUUUUUAAAAAAUAUUAUUAGCUUUCUGUGUGGAGAAUUUAUUAACUUUCUUGCUUCCAGUGUUCAAACUGUUAAGUAACUAAUUUGCUUGCAAAGUCUGUCCAUUUUUUCAAUGUUGAGAUUAUAUUGGUUUUGAAAAAGCCAACAGAUGGAAUGCUAGAAGCCACAGCAUUACACAGCCUCUCUAUCUUAGAUACUUUUUCCUCCAGUCCAGCUCCAGAAAUGCCACAAAGCUUUUUAAGAUGAAUAAAAUGAAAGAAUUAUUUGGAACAGUUCUUUAGAUUGGAGUUGCUUUUGCCAAAACCAGGAUAGUAAUCAGAGUGGCCUAAAGAUGCUUCUAAACUGUGUUCAUUUUGUUGUUUUCAACUUAAAAUAUAUUUUAAUGGAGGGGAAAAAGAGGGGGGAGAGAACAUACAGAUAGAUUUUAAAUGAAAAUCACUGAUUCAUUUCAUGUGAUGCACUGAACCACAAACUUGCCAGCUAUAUUUAGUCUAGUGUUUUCUGAAGACCUGUAUUAGCUGUAUCAGUUUAUGGUUCAGUGUGCUGUCUCAGUCCAGAAAAAUAAAUCUUAUUAACUGUAUAAUCAUGUCAUAUAAGCACAAUAUAUGUUGUCUGUGAUUCUGUGAAGAUUAAUAGUAACUGCUACUACUUUUUAACUGUCAAUGAAGUUUGUAAAGUGGGAAGGCUAAAUAUACCUUUUUCAAUCAAGGAAAUUAAAUCACAGUGCCUCUAGCUCA